AUGACGGCCCCAGGCAACCAACAGCAGCAACCGCCCAUCGAUCUGCUGUGCGGCUGGCCCAACCCCGCGCUCCUUCCCGCCCCCGAUUUGCUCCGCGCCGCCACGACCGUUCUGACCACCCCCUCCAUCGCCCAGCCAGGCUUACUGUACGGCCCCGAUGAAGGCUAUGAGCCGCUGCGCGCCCACAUAGCCCAGUGGCUGGGAAGCUUCUAUCUGCCUUGCCACCCUAUUUCGCCCCAGCGCAUUUGCAUCACCGGUGGGGCCAGCCAGAGCCUCGCGUGUAUCCUGGCCGUCUUUACCGACCCAGUGUACACGCGGACGGUCUGGAUGGUCGAGCCGGCCUACUAUCUGGCUGGCCGGAUCAUGGAUGAUGCUGGCUUUGCAGGGCGUGUCUAUGGGGUGCCGGAGGAUGAUGAGGGGAUAGAUCUGGCCUUCCUGGAGAGCGGGCUGCGUGCGGCUGAAGAGAAGGCUCAGGCGGAGGGCAACACCGAACCGAGACUCAAACCCCCUCGGCCCUGGCGCAAGAUCUACAAAUAUAUCAUCUAUGCCGUCCCCACAUUCGCCAACCCCUCCACCAAAAUUAUGUCCCUGGACCACCGGGAGCGCCUGGUUCAGUUAGCUCGCCAGUAUGAUGCCCUGCUGGUGACCGACGAUGUCUACGAUUUCCUGCAGUUUUCGGCGACCCGCGAGGGCGCGCUCGCAGCGCCGGAACACGCGUGCCUCCCCCGCCUCGUGGACGUGGAUCGUUACCUGAACGGUGGCCCGGUUGAUGAAUGGGGCCACGCAAUAAGCAAUGGCAGCUUCAGUAAACUGAUCGGACCUGGGGCCCGCACUGGAUGGGUCGAAGCUUCGGAAAAGCUUGCUUAUGGCUUGUCCCAAGUAGGCUCAUCACGCUCCGGAGGUGCACCCUCUCAACUCUCUUCCACCAUAAUCGAUCAACUGCUGCCGUCCGGCUUCCUCGAAAACUACAUCCGACAGGUCCUGCAACCCGCAUAUGCAGAGCGGUAUCAUCUGCUGCUGGCUGCGAUACAGGAGUACCUGGCCCCACUCGGGGUGACGGUGGCCUCUGCUUCCGACACCGUCGCCGGUGGAUAUUUCAUUUGGGUCACCCUUCCGCCUCCACUGCUCGCGGUAGAUAUAGUGCUGCGAGCCCAGAACGAGGAAAAUCUGCGCUUAGCUCCGGGCACACUCUUCGAGGUGCCCGGCCACUUGCACCCACCAAGCGACAAGUUCGCUGCCUGCCUGCGCCUCUGCUUUGCGUGGGAAGAGCCGCGUCACCUGACGGAGGGGGUGCGUAGACUGGCACGCGUCGUGAACCAAGCGCUUGUGUAG